UUCCAAUUUCUUCACCCACCAAACAAACAAAUCUCUCUGCAUCAUCCAAACGCAAACAAACUCUACAAUGACGGGGAGAGACUGCAACCAACACUACGACUAUGAGGAGAGGAGGAUGAGACGCAUAGUAUGGGGGGGAUUGCUUGGCCUAAUCGUGGCGGUUGCGUUCGUGGUGUUCUUGGUGUGGGCUAUACUUCACCCGCACGGACCGCGUUUUGUCCUCCAAGACGUAACCAUUAACGACUUCAACAUCUCUCAGCCAAAUUUCCUCUCUUCAAAUCUUCAGGUCACUCUCUCUUCUCGCAACCCAAACGACAAGAUCGGAAUUUUCUAUGACCGUCUCGACAUCUAUGCCACAUACCGAAACCAAGAGGUGACGGUGGCGAGGCUAUUGCCGUCGACGUAUCAAGGACAUCUGGAAGCUACGGUGUGGUCACCGUUUCUGAUUGGCUCCGACGUGCCGGUGGCUCCUUACCUGUCUCCGGCGUUAAACGAAGAUUUAAUCGCCGGGAUGGUGCUUCUCAACAUCAAGAUAGACGGUUGGGUUAGGUGGAAAGUGGGCUCGUGGGUCUCUGGCGGUUAUCACCUCCACGUUAACUGCCCGGCGUUCAUUACCGUCACCGGAAAGUUAGUCGGCCCCGGUCCGGCGAUCAAGUACCAGCUUGUUCAGCGAUGUGCUGUUGACCUAUCUUGAAGAGUCUUUUUUUUUCCUAGGGAAUAAAAUGAUAUAAAAGGU